AUGUCCAAUGAAGAUUUUGAUGUCAAUUUGCUUGACCCUACAAAUCAUGAAGUUAGAGCAUCGAAUUCAUCGGACAACUUAAAGCCUUCUGGGGUCACUGAAAAUGUCAGUAGGUCGAAACAUCAAGAAGGUGGCCUAAGUGAUUCUGUCCGAGAACAGUUGUUGUUACAACUGGAUGUUACGCGGGCUCGUCUUGUCAAGAACUAUGGUUUUCUUCCUAUGAGCCUUUACUGUCGUAUGCGCAUCGGGGAUGCGAGAUUUGAAACUAAAACCGCAUCGGGGUCUGGGAAACAUCCUAUUUGGAAUGAAACAUUCUGGUGUUGGUUAAAAUGUUAUGUUUGCAGACUCACCAGUAGCACACGCUGUGAUAAUUUUCCCUCGAUCAUUAUUCGAUGGUAUCCGAUGAAUCAGUGGUAUGAACUAAGUGGGAAACAAGGAGAGAAUCUAGAGGGUUCUAUUAACCUAAUUUUCCAAUGUCGAAAAGUUCCAAUGAAUGCUCCAGUUCUACAAUCCACUCCAUUGUACUGUCAACCUGGAUUUGGCCAUGUAGGUGAUAUGAGAGUGUUGCCUAAACCAAUAUCAUCUGAAGAUAUUCAAGCAGUACGAGAAAUUUUCCCUUCGGUAGAAGAUGAUACAAUUCGAUCUCUUUUGGUAACCCAUCAUGGCAACCGAGAAUUGGUUAUCAGUGAAUUACUCGUAUGA